AUGUCAUCACCUCCAGGCCCACCAAAAUACGUUUACAAGAUCCUCCCCGCCUCUCCCCCAUCACCCCUUCCAGACUGCCUACCCCUCUCGGACCUUGACAGCCGCGAUGGCUUCAUCCACAUGAGCACUUCUAAGCAAAUUCUCGGCACGCUGCAAAACUUCUUCAUCUCAGCCCCUUCAGUGGUCAUCCUUCGAGUUCCGUACGAACGCGUGGAAUCACGGAUCAAAUGGGAGAUGGCCAAAGGUCUGGGUCCGGAGGAGAAGGGAGGUUGCUGGGAUACUGAGGGCAGACUUGGUGGGUUUCCACAUAUUUACCAUACCGAGGGAGGAGAAUUGAGGUUGGGGAAAGAGGAGGUUGAGAGUAUGGGUACUUGGACGAGAGUUGGGGAUGUGUGGAGUAAAGAGGGGUGGCCGUUUGGGGAGGAGGACGUUCCAGCGGAAAGUUGA